AUGACACCCACUCAAAGAAAAAAUGAAAACAAAGGAAAACCUAUCGGAACCAAUAAUAAUAACAAAUCAGCAGCAACACAAUCAAAGCCUUUGAUUGCCAUUCCUUCAUGGACAAGGCUCCUAGUUUUUUUCGGAAUUUAUCUAUUGGUGUUAGGCCUUUUAAAAACCGUGGAAUAUUUCAGUGAAGGAUUACAAAAGAUUGAAGGAAGUUUGGAUUUAAAAUCAAUGGGAUAUUCAUCGGAUCCGCCAGAAAUUGAAGUUUUUGAAUUGAUUGAAAAGAUGGGCUCGGAGGAAGAACCUCACAUCUCAUCAUGCAAUUUAUUGAUCAAUUUCUUUUUGUUCCAAUUUAUUGCAUUGUCCAUUGUUAUAUUUGGUUAA